AGCAAACCCUUUGUCCCCGCGUCGCGAUUUUCCAUGCAAUCGUGCGGCGUGUCUCUCGCCGUUGCUGCCUGCGCUGCUGCCCGGAGUCUCGGCUCGGCUUCUUCUGGUGGUGAUGAGGGAAAGAAAAUGGCGGCGGGAAAAGCGAGUGAAACAGAGGAGGACUUUCCGACACUGACAGCCCAGGAGAGGGACAGUUUGGCCGCGAUCGACAGCUCACUGUUUGGAUUUCAGAAGCUUCAUGAAGAUGGCGCCAGAACGAAGGCCCUGUUGAUGAAGGCCGUUCGCUGUUACGAUUCGCUCAUCCUGAAGGCCGAGGGCAAAGUGGAGCCGGAGUUAUUCUGCCACCUCGGCCACUUCAACCUCCUGUUGGAGGAUUACCCGAAAGCGUUGUCGGCAUACCAGAGAUACUACAGUUUACAGUCAGACUACUGGAAGAAUGCUGCCUUCCUGUAUGGCCUGGGAAUGGUCUACUUCCACUAUAAUGCCUUUCAGUGGGCGAUCAAAGCAUUCCAGGAGGUGCUGUACAUUGACCCAGGCUUCUCCAGGGCCAAGGAGAUCCACCUGCGCCUGGGUCUCAUGUUCAAGGUCAACACAGACUAUGAGUCGAGCCUAAAGCAUUUUCAGCUGGCUUUGAUUGACUCCAACCCCUGCACUUUGUCCAAAGCUGAAAUUCAGUUCCACAUCGCUCAUUUGUAUGAGAUUCAGAAGAGAUACCGGGCGGCCAAGGAGGCCUACGAGAGCCUCCUGCAGACGGAGGAUCUCUCUGCACAGGUGAAGGCCACUACCCUGCAGCAGCUAGGUUGGAUGCAUCACACGGUGGAGCAGCUCGGGGAGAGAGCUGGCCGGGACAGCUAUGCCAUCCAGUGUCUGCAGAAAUCUCUGGAGGCCGACCCAAACUCUGGGCAGACCUGGUACUUCCUCGGCAGGUGCUACUCUAGUAUAGGGAAGGUCCAGGACGCCUUCAUCUCCUAUCGGCAAUCUAUCGACAAAUCGGAGGCCAGCGCAGAUACCUGGUGCUCUAUAGGGGUGUUGUACCAGCAGCAGAACCAGCCCAUGGACGCCCUGCAGGCCUACAUCUGCGCCGUGCAGCUGGACCACAGCCACGCCGCCGCCUGGAUGGACCUGGGCACGCUGUACGAGUCGUGCAACCAGCCGCAUGACGCCAUCAAGUGCUACAUCAACGCCACGCGCAGCAAGGGCUGCACCAACACCCCGGCGCUGACCCACCGCAUCAAAUGCCUGCAGGCUUGUAAGCCCAAUCACAGCGCAGAGGGCGGGGUUCAGUCUCUGCCCACCCACGUGGGCACGCUGGGCCAACCGGAGGACCAGUCCUGCUCGGCCAAGAGGAGGAGAGCCUCCAGCCCCUCCAAGGGCGACUCUUGGGUCAGUAAUCCACCACAGCAGCCAGUUCCCAACUGGUACCUCUCCCCGCAGAAACUGCAGGCGCUGGAACAGUUGCGGAGUAACCGGGCCGGCCUGAAGCCCCCUCAGCUUCAGAUGCUGACGCAACUAGAGGCUCAGUUCGCCAUGAUGCAGCAGCACCAGCACCAGAUGAGACAGAACGCCUCAGGAGGUCAGGCGCGCCCCUCGCUCCCCAAUGGCCCCACCGCCAACUCCCUCCCCUCCCCCAGCCCCAGCCUGCACCUCGCACGGCCCCACCUGGGACCCCACCGGCCCCUCUGUCCGCCGCAGCCGCUGGCCAACGGGCCCGUGGGCCCCGGGCCACACGGACACUCAGACGCCGUCCCCGAUGGCAGUAAUCGUAGUAAUAAUCAGCCGGGCCCGGCCACGGGACCCAACGGAGACGUGCCUUACCUGCAACCGGCCGGCGGCGGCGGCGGCGACGCAGCACUGCUACCUCACACCUGCACAAGCGCGCAGACGCAGGACGCCGCGGCGGGCCAGGCCCGGACCUAAAACUCUCAGGGGCUUCAAAAGGGGGGGGUCGUUCCCCAUGCGACAGGCUCCGGCAGCGAGGGGACCCUCUCUCACCCCCAGACCCCGAACUCCUCCACGGCCCCCGCGCACCCCAACAAUCAGGCUGGACAUUCCACUGGUGCCCCGUCGCCGCGACAGCCGGCCCACAACCACCUCCCGUCGCCCCCCUCCCUGCCUCACCCCUCUACCUCAGGUGGAGCGGCACCCGGUGCGUCCGCUACCAAAGAUAGCAGCGCGGGCGCCCCCGCCCAGGCGGCCGCGUCCCUCGGCGACGGGGGCUCCGAAGGGAAGUCGGCGCCGCCGAGGACGCCCGCGGACCACCUGGCCAAUCACGUGCACUCGGGGGGCGACAAGGGGGCGGAGGGCGGCGAGAAGCCGAGCCUUAGCGCUGACAAUCCUAGACUAUCAGCCCUGCUGGCGGCGGGGAAGUGCUCCGUGGAGGACGCGGGGCCGUCACAGGGGACGGCGUCCGGCGGGGCGGAGCCCCACAAGAAGGUGAACAACGUCCACCCGGCCGCGCUGCCCUCCUCCACCCCCCACGCACAGGGCAGCUCGGCCGCCUCCUCGCCGAUCUCUGCCAUAUCCACCGCCACGCCCUCGCCCAAAUCCUCAGAACACACGCAAACCGGCGGCCACAGUCCCGCCGCCGCCACGUCCGCCGCGCCCGCCGUCAACGGCAACGGCAAGGGAGGCAUCUCCGAGGACUCGCAGAGCCCGCUGAAGGCCGAACCGCCCGCCGCCGCCAGUCUCAAAGCUACCCCCCCGCACGGACACAGCUCCUCUUCCUCCUCCUCGUCCUCCUCGUCCUCAAUAUCCAUCUACCCGAGCUCCACGGACGUGCUGAAGGCCUGCAGAAACCUGGGGAGGAACGGUCUCUCCAACAGCAGCAUCCUCCUUGAUAAGUGCCCCCCGCCCCGGCUGCCCCCUCCACCCUCACCAGUCCUGCCCAAAGACAAGCUCAACCCUCCCACACCGAGCAUCUAUCUGGAGAACAAGAGGGACGCAUUCUUCCCCCCCCUGCACCAGUUCUGCACAAACCCCUCCAACCCCGUCACGGUCAUCAGAGGACUGGCCGGAGCACUGAAACUGGAUUUGGGUCUGUUCUCCACAAAGACGUUGGUGGAGGCGAACCCGGAGCACCUGGUGGAGGUCUGGACGCAGCUCUCGCAGCCUGCCGACGAGAACUGGGACCCGGCCGGCACCAAGAAGAUGUGGCGCUGCGAAAGCGCCCGCGCCCACACCACCAUCGCCAAGUACGCCCAGUACCAGGCCGCUUCCUUCCAGGAGUCCCUCCGGGAGGAAAAUGAGAAGAAGGCGUUAAAGGAGCCCUCGGACACAGAGCCAGCAUCAGCAGAAAGUGUCGCGCGCAAAAGACGGGGACCCUUGAAGCACAUCAAGUUCGGAACCAACAUCGACGUGUCGGACGAAAGGAAGUGGAAACAGCAGCUGCAGGAGCUCAGCAAACUGCCGGCCUUCGCCCGCGUGGUAUCGGCCGGUAACCUGCUGAGCCACGUGGGUCACACCAUCCUGGGCAUGAACACCGUGCAGCUCUACAUGAAGGUCCCCGGCAGCCGGAUAGCAGGUCACCAGGAGCACAACAACUUCUGUGCCGUGAACAUCAACAUCGGGCCGGGGGACUGCGAGUGGUUCGCCGUGCCGGAGCCCUACUGGGGGGUGAUGAGCAACUUCUGUGAAAAGAACAACAUCAACUUCCUGAUGGGCUCGUGGUGGCCCAACCUGGAGGACCUGUACGAGGCCGACGUGCCCGUCUACCGGUUCAUCCAGCGGCCGGGCGACCUGGUGUGGCUGAACACCGGCACCGUCCACUGGGUGCAGGCCAUCGGGUGGUGCAACAACAUCGCCUGGAACGUGGGACCUCUCACCGCCCACCAGUACAAGCUGGCUGUGGAGCGCUACGAGUGGAACAAGCUCCAGAGCGUCAAGUCCAUGGUUCCCAUGGUGCACCUCUCCUGGAACAUGGCGCGCAACAUCAAAGUGUCCGACCACAAGCUGUUCGAGAUGAUCAAGUACUGUCUGCUGCGGACGUUGAAGCAGUGCCAGUGGGUGAAGGAGGCCCUGGUGUCGGCGGGCAAGGAGACGGUGCUGAGGCCGAGGACCCGGGACGAGCCGGCCCACUACUGCACCAUCUGCGAGGUGGAGGUGUUCAACCUACUGUUUGUGCGCCGCGAGCUCCUGUCCAAGAAGCAGCAUGUGGUCCACUGCCAGGACUGCGCCCGGAAAGGCAGCGCCGCACUGGACAACUUCGUGGUGCUGGAGCAGCACAGGAUGGAGGACCUGAUGCAGGUCUACGACCAGUUCACUUUAGCUCCUCCUCUUCACUCCUCUUCGUCUUGACAUUAGGUGACGCCCCUUUCUUCGUCUUCUGCCGUGGAGCUGCGGGGACUUGUGUCGAGAAUGAAAAUGAAAACGCGGACCAUUUCUGAUAUUCAGGAAAGCCGAGGCUGUCUCCCCGACCCCCACCCACCCAUUACGGCUGGUCUCCAUAGCGACGGCCGGAGGCUGAGGCGGCCAGUGUGUGUCUAUGCAACCUGUUUUUGAUGUGCUGGGGCCCGGUCUUUCCAGAGGGGGGCGCCAACAGGACUCGUUUAUCCCUCCCCCCCCUCUAGGGACAAUGGUUCAGGCCUGUUUUAAUGAAGGACUUUAUCAAAAAGGGUUGGGAACGGGUGGGAUUCUUAAUGCGUGAUUAAAAUUGUUUUGUAGAUACUUGUUAACUGUCACAACUGGCAACACCACCCUUAAAAGACUACUGACUUGACAAGCUUUCUUCCUCUCUCUUUCUCUCCAUCUUUGUUUUCUAUUCUGGUAACAGGAUGAAAUGUUGGCUUUGAUUUUAUAGAAUUUCCCCAAAAAUGAUGUUUUUCCCUCUAAAGGAGCACUAGCCUAACUGGUCUUUUUCUAUGGUAGAUAGUAAUUUAAGACUCUUUGGACAGCAAAAUCUCCCCCAAAAAAUGUGUAAUUUCUUUCUUUCUUCCUUUUUUUUCACAGCAUUUUUUUCUUGUUCUUUUCAAAUGAUGUUCUGUUUGUUUCUAGAUUUAAAAAAAAGAGAAAAAUGUAGGGGAAAACAACUUACUAGCCAAGUCACAGAGAAUGGGUUGCACAUAGACUUAUGGAAAAAAGUUUAAUUUGUGAUUUGUUAUGUUUCUAAUCUUGAUGUAAAUUUACACUAUUUAUAAAUACAUAUUUAUUGCUUGAAAUUAUUUGUUGAUGGAAUGCUGUUAUUUUUUUCCAGAGUACCUGCCAUUAAAUUUGAAGGGGUUUUGUCAUUUUAACUCAACUCUUCUUACAUUUUCUAUAUAUAAAUAAAAUUGCUUAGCAAGCAUUGUACAGAAACGGACAUUUAAAAAUUGUUUUAUUGUUUGAAGAAUGUUUUAUGAUGAGUCAAUAAACACAACGUUGUCAAAUGA